GUCGAGAUCUACUACUGCACCGACGACCCUCAGCUCCAGUCGCCCCUGCAGGACCGUCACACAGACCAUCUCGCUCUUGCGCUCAUUGCCUUCGCCGUCGUCGCCUACGCCGCCAUCUUCAUCUACGCCUUCUCCCACACGCACUCCACCCUCUACCACCGCGAAGUUCCCUCAGCUCCAGUACCCCGGCAAGAGGCUACAGCCACCACGCCCCGCUUCUCAGCCAACACCGCCGACUGUACAGGCCACCCACACGGCUUCUCUUUAGUCUAUCGAACACACGUAUCCCUCGAUAACGACAGUUUUGAAGAGUGCGACGAUAACCCUUGCCCCAACGCGCGCGACUUCCCCCUCCACGGAAUCCAAGUCGACGAACAGGACGAACGACCGGUAGACGAGAACAACGACGAGUGGGACUUCGACGUCAUCAUCCCCUCGUUCCUCUCUAUCCUCCGCCGACCACAACCCACCGCACGCUCCCGCUAUCGGACACCGCCGUCCUCUCCCACUCUAGCCCACACCCUACAGCCUUUUACCCCCUUUGGCAGUCGCGUAGGUCGCACGCGUACGCAACCCCCCACCAGGCUCCCGUCCCCCUCACUCCGCCCAAACUCCGCACCACCGGUUAUCCCCACCGCAACCACUCAACCCACACCCCAGCCUCCGUCAAACCCCAUGGAAGCCCAACUCGCACAGCUGGUCGCCAACCAGGCCACUUUGGGCACCACUCUGAAUCAGCUGAUAACGGCGAUGCAAGCCCAAACCCAGGCGAUGCGAGCCCAGACCCAAGCCCAGGGUCAACAACAGGCACCGGCGGUCCAGACCGUCAACGCGGAGACCAAGGCCAUUGCCAAGCCCACAGCCUUCAAGGGAGAACGCAGCGAUGCCCGCCGCUUCCUAGCAUACUUCCAGAUCUGGGCAAAGGAACAGGGCCGCCCUCUCAACCUCGCGGGCGUACGCCAAGACCGCCUUUGGAUCAAGGCCGCCCUCUCCCUGAUGGAGGGAGAUGCCGCCACCUGGGGCCGUCGCUACGUAGAAGACAUUGCGCCUCAUGAGGCCGGAGGAGUCAACGCACCUGCCUUCCCCUUCUCUGAGUCGUGGACCACCUUUGUAGACAACUACAAGGUCCGCUGGCAGGCUCAAGAUGAGGAAGCGGAGGCACGACAUGCCCUAGACAAGCUGUCCCAGGGCACCCUUGGGGUGGCAGACUAUGCGGCCCGGUUCCAAGACCUGGCCUCCCGCACCGGCUACUCCGACGCCGACCUCCGUACCCAGCUGCUGCCAGUUGAGCUUGCGCAUGGCAAGCCAACCGACCUCAACACGCUGGUCAAACGAGCGUGCAAAGCCCAAGACUUGCUCGAUGAACUCCGCAUGGAGACCGGAGGCUACACCUCGCGCCGCUAUGGCAACACGCCCCAGGCCGCCCCUCGCCCCGCGGCCGACCCCUACGCUAUGGAGGUUGACGCUACGCACACGGGAAACGGGAAGACCCGAGAGGAGUUCCAGCGCGCCAUGACCGGCCGCUGCUUCGGCUGCGGGUCCAAGGAGCACCUGAAGCGAGACGGGAACCACCAGACCGACCGUUGCGGCUAUUGCAGUCGCACAGGGCACAAGGAGACGGUUUGCGAGGACAAGUACCUCGGCCGGGAGCGUAACCGAGGUCAGCUCAGCCGCGGGCAAGGCCGACAGCGCGUCGCAGCCAGCAGGCAAGACUCCGCCCCGUUCUCCCUCUUCGCAGAGCCCCCGACCGCCACGGUUGUGGCCUCCGUCCCCGUCGUCGACCAGAACACCACCCAAAUCGCGGACCUCGAGAGGAUCCUGGCUGAGCAGCAAGCCCUCCUCGACCGUCUCCGCCCGGGUUUUUAA